GAGUGAGGAGCAGAGGGAGAACUGGUCAGAGAAAACAAAGAUUUGCGCAGAGUGGAGAUGAAUAUGUUGUAGCGAAACUGACAGCUGUAAAGAAAGAUCACUUAGCAGGUUUGAUUGUGCCUAAUUUGACACAUUAAUACUUAUAAUCAUGUCUGACAAACAGAGCAGCCAAAGGAAGCCAUCCACCAACAGGAACAUCAAGAAGCUGCGCACUGUUAGCAUGGUGAGCAGCCUUAUGGACAGCUGGCAGAAGUGGGUGACGGACAAUGAGAAGAAGCAGGCCAGUGAACCCAGCGGCUGGUGUCCAUAUUCAUUGGGAGGACCAGAAGAGGUACCUAGAAAGACAUGGGUCCCAAAGAAGCAUCCUCUCACUCAGAUCCAGCCAACAGAAGCUCCUCAAAAUCAUGAAAUCAGCUCUGGGGAGGCUCAAAAGACAACUCCUCACAAGGAGACCAAAGAUGCAAUCAAGACUGAGGAGGUCAAGACUUCAACUGAGCCAACAUCUGGCAUCAAGGUAAAGCAAGUGGUGAAGACGGUUACCAGCGGGGUAACAGAGAAAGGUGCAGGCAUCGCGCUCCUGACAGAGAGGAUCAAGAGGGAGUCUCUGCCAUCAGAUGAGGAGAUUGACAGGCUUCUGAAGAAGAAAAGCUCGCCGACACGCCGCAGAAAAUGCUCCAACAUGGUGUCAUCUCUGACCAAAAGCUGGAAGCAAGUGGAGAAAGAGCACAAAGUUGGGAAAGAGGGAGGUGGACCAGAAAAGGGAUGUACCUGUGGGGGUGAUAAAGGUGACAGUGGACAUCCUGAGGCAGAGAAGGAGAGGCUGGACUUGGAAGAUGCUCAAACACACAGGACAAGCUUUUUGAAAGAAGCAGAGCAAGAAGACUCUGAAGAAGAGUCUUACUCAGCAAUACGGAUUAAAAGACCGUCAAUCUCUGCGUACAAAAAGGAAGCUGAGGAUGCCAACAAGAUCAACGCCCUCUCCAAGAAAUACAGCGCUGUGGGAAACCUCAAGAGCCGCUGGCAGGACUGGGCCUCGGAGCACACCAUCAACCAGAAACUGAACCCCUUCAGUGAAUAUUUCGACUAUGAUUAUUCCAUGUCCCUCCGCAUCCAAAAGGGUGAGGACGGUUACGGACGCCCCAAGGAGGGAUCCAAAACUGCAGAGAGAGCCAAACGUGCCGAGCAGCACAUCCACCGCGAGAUAGCUGACAUGUGCUACGUUAUCAGGACUAUGGCUGAUCCAGACCCAGACGGAAAGACCCGCAUCACGUUUGGACAGCUGUUUGACAGAUAUGUUCGGAUCUCUGAUAAGGUAGUGGGGAUCCUGAUGAGAGCCAGGAAACACGGGAAGGUGGCGUUUGAAGGGGAGAUGCUGUGGCAAGGCCAGGAUGAUGGAGUGAUCAUUACUCUGCUGGUGUGAUGUUAACACCUGGGUCAGAGUGGCACUGGCAAUCCUCUUACAGGUACUUGUGAAAUAACCUCAGUCAUUAUCAAGCAGGGCUAAGAGGAGGAUUUAAAAUACAGUCUGACCUGGGUCUAUUCAGUGGAGGCUUGCAGAACAAUAUCAAAGGAGUGUGGAGACUACAAAGCUUGGCGGAUGAAUUCAUGUGGAUUAUCAAAAGAAUAUUUUGCUGCUAUUUCUGUCGACUCUUUCUGUCAGUGUUGUGGACAUUUUGAGUUGUAGCUGCCACGCACAUAUUUUGAAAAAGACUUUGAAGUUUUAAAUCAGGAGCUCUGGAGAGUUAGCGUUCUAGUUUUUGGGCCGCUUAAGUUUCCAUUCAAAGUUCCCAUACGUGUCUCUUUCGCACUUUCUUUAUGGCUUAUGUUAAUGAGAUACUUGACUAUGUGUUAAUGUACCAAAUAACCAGCAGCCUCGCAGUGUAGUACAGCGCAGUAAUUCAAACACGGAUUGGGUUUCAUUGCCUGAAUACAUGCAGCUCAGCAUUCAUUAUACAGCAGCAGGCACAAUGCAGAGGAACAGAGCAGACCACAGCACUUUUAAAUCUCGUGGCCUGUUUGGCUGAGCCUCUAAUGAUUAAUGUAAGGGGUGACUAUGGCUGUCUGGGGGAAAAAAGGAAAGCUUUCCUUUUCACAUCCAGUUAUUGAGUGUUAGUGGAAUUCUUUGCAGUCUGUACAAUAAUACGGAAACAAUUUUAGCAGAUAUUUUUGGUGUCUGACAUAUAGGGGUGAUGAGCUGAUAAAUUGAGAAUGCUAUUUGUUUUCUUGCCACACUGAAGCAUACUGUGCAUUUGAGGUAUUUACUUGCACUCUCAUUAAAGGUAUACGAUGCAGGAUUUUAUGAAAAGACUGUCAUGUCCUUUAGUUUUCUAUUAUUGCAUUAUUAUGAAAGUCAGUCUCCUCAUGAGUCAUGUCUUCCUAUGUUACUCCCUAUCUUUGUCUGUUUCCUGUCACGCCUGCCUCCUAUCAGUCUCAUUAGUCCUUCCCUAUUUCCAGAGUUUUCCCUGCACCCCUAUCUUCUAUUAGUCUUGUUUGCUUCACCCUAUGUUCCCUACCCACGCUGUCAUUGUCAGCAAACCCCUGUGUUUUCCCUCCUUUUGCCCAUGCCCACCUACUUUAGCCGUGUCUUGUUCUUAUGAUUAGUUUUGUCCUUUGUCAGUUCAUUCCCUGGUUUGCUUUCCAUGCUUGCGCUGAUCUCUCGUGUUCCUAGUUGGAUUGCUUCUCUUUGGUCAUCCUCGUAGUCAUGGUACCAUCCUGGUUUGUUCUCAGUUUAGUUUUGGUGCUUCUUUCUUUUGUACUUUGAAUUACGUCUGCCUGCAUCUUCAGUUUCAUUACCUGCCAGUCUUGGAUGUACUUUAUCAGCUACAUUAAAGCUUGUUUUUCUGUUUAAUCCACCUGCCUGCUGGCUGUGCUGCAUUUGGGUCUGCUUGUGAACUGAAACCUUAACAAAAACAAAGUAUCGACUCCUUCAUAAGUAAUCCCUCUCAAUCAUCCCUUAUGACCCACUGGAAGUAUGUGGCUGUGCAUUUGCCCUCUCUAUUCAUUGGCACGGCAGACAGGUGAGGCUGGGACUUUAUAAAAAAGGAAGUGACUAGGUGCCAGAGCAUAAGCAGCAUGCAUCUAAAAGGAAAUCCAGACACACCAACAAAAAAAAUUCAACAAUAGCUCAUAGCAAAUCUAGGGUUGACUGCAACUUUAAAUGGAAAUACUGUUUAUAAGCAGUAGCUGAUAUGCAUAGUGUAGUCCAAGUAGUAUUAACCAAUUGGUUUUGAACAGCAGGUAAACAGUUCACUGUCUCUGCCAGUGACAGAAAGCACUGGCCGAAAUGCAAUCUUGGAAUCUGUCAUCUGAUGACGAGUUAACCCUUAUAUAAUCUUUUUUAAAAUGUAACUUUAUUCAUAUGCCAAUGUAUCCUCAUACAAUGGUUCAUAUGAUACUUUACGAAUUGGCUCCCCAGGAAUGACGUUACGUACUUAACGUCAAGUAACGUAAUUAGCAUUAAGUUACGGAGGUUAGGUUUAGGCAAGUAAAGAUACUGUGGUUAGGAAAAGAAACACGGUGAGAACCAAACUGUUGAGUCAUAUCCAACAAAACACUGUACACCUGCAGUUCAUAACCUGCAGUAAGAUCAUUUUUUGGCCACUUGAGGGCAGCAGAACAACAGUGACAUAUCACCUUUUAACUUGAUAUAGUGAACUUGUUGGCAAAGUUGCUUAUUUAUAAAUCCAACAAAUAUGGAGCAACGUUACAUUUAUUUAAUUGGAGUUGUGUUUGUGUCCACCUGCUGAAUGCAAGGACAAUAUUUACUUUACUUUUAGCUCUGUUUUUGGUCUCUACCAACUCCCGAGAGGUCAUUUCUCUCUCUUUAGCUGCUGUCUCUAAAUGUGUCUGUCUAGUGUGUGGCGCUGAGGCUGUGGUGUACAGUGGGGUUUUUCCUCUGAAAACAAUUGCUAUGAGAAAACGAUGCUUUGAGAGCAAUGAGAGGGAACCAAAACAGUAAAGCUGUGAACUGGACUGCUAGACAAUGAGGCGAAUCUCACUAUAACACUCCAUAAAGCCUAGAGGAGCUGCAGAUUCAGGCGUAUUCUCUGAUUCAUCAGCACAGUGUUUUCACAUUACAGUUUGGUACUUUGUUUUUAAACCUUUAUCCUAACUUUUGCUUUCUCCCAACACAUGAACCAGGUGUAAUGUCUUUCUUGUAAUAAUGCAGGCACUUUUAUUUCAGGAUAUGAUUAAAAAAAUAAACUGUCUCUUUCCAUCUUACACUGAUCAUGAUACGAACAGUCUGACAUGGUGACAUAAUUAUCAUGGACACUGGAUCAUCAAGACAAUUUCUUUUUACCCAUGACAAAGGUGCUGUACAGGUGGUGGUGUAGUUCAUAAAUAUAAACUGUUCAAUAAUGCAA